AUGGGGUGUACGUCGUCGAAGGUGGACAGCGAGGACAUCGUGCGGCGGUGCAGGGAGCGGCGCCGCCUGAUGAAGGAGGCAGUCCACUCCCGCCACCACUUCGCCGCCGCUCACUCCGACUACCUCCGUUCGCUCCGCCUCACCGGCUCCGCGCUCUCUGCCUUCGCCACAUUCCAGGCCCACCUUUCUGUCUCCCCUGACCUCGCCGGUCCCGUCCUCCUCUCCCGCCCGGAUCUUCUCCGCCAAUCCUCCCCUGCCGCCGCCGCUGCCGCCCCCGCCGCCGUCCACCAUUCCGAGGCACCGCCUCCUGCUCCGGCGCCGAAGUUCUCUGAGGUCCCACCGUCGCCGGCAUUCAACGGAUUCAAGCUUCCUCACAUCCUCUCAGAGUCCAGCCCGACCGCCACACCGGAGAUCUCCGAGAGGAGGAGCAGGAACAGUAAGCCGAAAACGUUCCGGAAGUAUCCUUACCUCCCGGAAAAUUCCACCUACGCCACUACCCCUUCCCAGGCCUCUUCCGCCUGGGACUGGGAGAAGUUCUAUCCGCCAUCGCCUCCCAGCUCCGAGUACUUCGAUCGGCACCUAAAAGAGGGGCAUCAGGAGUGCGAGGAAGGCAAUGAGGAUGUCAGCGAUGGUGGCUGGCUUCACCGCCAUCACUUGCCGAAGGAUCGGGUUCUCGACGACGACGACGAUGACGACGAGAGCGAUGACGGCCAUCAGCUCCAUUGCGGAGAGGAGCGGGAGGAGGUCCGUUGCAGUGGCUGGAGAGACCACUACAGCACCAGCAGCAGCUCCUCCGUCAAAUCCGCCGGGGCUAGCGAGCGCGGCGAUCUCAUGGACGAUGACGACGACGCAAGGUCGGAGGUCAUCUCCGCAACGCGAUCGGACUGUGGAUCUUCCAUGGACCACCACUGGCACUCUCGAUUGAAUCGUCACGCCGGACGAAGUCUGCCCUCGGAGUUCGCAUCCUCGUCGGCCACGGGAAUAUCGGGGAGGAAGGAGGCGACGGGGACGUCGACAACCACCUCCUCAGAUUGGCCUGAAUCGUCCGUCAGGCGGGGAGCAGCGUACGACGAUUCGGUGCUCAAGAUGGUGGUGCGCCACCGCGAUCUGAAGGAGAUCGUGGCAGCGAUCGAGGAAUACUUCGUCAAGGCAGCAGCAGCCGGGGAGGGCGUCUCCGAUAUGCUCGAGACCGGACGGGCGCAGUUCGAGCGCAACUUCCGGCAGCUGAGAAGUGAGUUGGUUUUCGGGUGGCUCAUCUCGUAACUUCGUUGAACAACAUGGCCAUUAAUCUCUGAUCAAUGCAGAUUUACUUCCGUUGUUAACCAUAUUGAUCACAUUCUCUCCAUUAACGCUCGAUCUUCUGCUUCCUCUCCUGCAGAGACUGUCUACCACUCCAACAGCGUCCUGAGCAACCUGUCAGCGAGCUUGACGUCGAGACCACCGCUAGCCAUACGGUACCGGCUCGAUGACGGCGCGCUGGAGGAUCCUCCCGGUGGCGGGGACGGCGGGAAAGCCAGCCACUGUUCCACCCUUGAGAGGCUUUUAACGUGGGAGAAGAAACUCUACAAGGAAGUAAAGGUACGCCUCCUUCGCUACUCUCAGUUUACUCUAUAUUACUUAGACUGUCCCCUUUCUCAAGGGGGGUUCUAUUGCCGUACCAAAAGGAAUUGAGGUCGUCUUCUUGUGUCUGGCAAGAAAUGGCCUGCCAUUAUUUAUUCGGUGGGAAGAAUUGCCGGCAGAGAAGUGGGUCUCUAUGAUAAUGGCUUAGAUUUCUGGAGCGCCUUCUUGGCGGAUGUUUGCCUGCUGGGAGCAUGGGACAAUGACACCUACUCUGGUGGCAUCGGAAGGAGAGUAGUAUGCACUGGCAAGUGGGAUGGAAUCCAGUUGGCUCCCACGGAGGAUCUCGUACAAUGAUCUGAUGACUGAUGGCAUGAAAAUAGCGAAUAAUUACUUCUCCUCUGUGAACAAAGUUAUGAUCGAUGUCAUUAUCUGCUCCUGUCCGCACCCAUCUCUUUUGACCCAGGGACAUGAGACGGGCCAUCCUUUGCAAUCUUUAUUCCCAAAGUCAAAAGACGAGUUUUGGAGGAAGUGUUUAGGAUUUUGUGCCUUUUCGUUCGCCGUAUGCAAGCAGACCCUGGGUGAGAAAGUCUCAGAGACGUCAGCUGGGAUAGUUCAGUUCCUUCCCAGCCCCAUCCUCUAGUUUUCCAAUCAGAAGAAGUAUUCCCAUAACUUAGUUUUUAUGCGAGGGGGCUUUCAUUCCUGAGCUGGUAAUGAAUGUUAAACUAUCUUACUUGAUGACUGAAGGAGGUAUGAAUGGAAGAGAGCUUUUAUGAAGGGAAACCAAUUUGUCAGAGAACCCACUUUUUUUCCCCCUGUUUUUGAAGAUCUGACCACCCAUUUACUCUAAUGAUUGAAUCUCUCCUCCCAUUUUGCACUUGAUUGGUAUAGUAACAUCCCUGCUCGUCCGAGUGAGAGCAUAACCCUUGCUGCCCUAUGAGUUAAGAGUUUUAUCGCCUCGACCAUGUUUGAUCAUCAUCAUCUUCUUCUUCUGAAUCGUUGCUCUGCAUCUGAGAUGGACGCUGCUGGUUCGUAAAUUCAUGGUGCGCUGGUGCCCCUUGACUUCAGGAUAGAGAGGGAGUAAGGAUAGAGCACGAGAGGAAGCUGUCCACGCUGCAGAGCCUGGAGCGCAGGGGGCGAUUGGACGAGAAGAUGGAGAAGGCCAAGGCCUCCAUCGCGAGGCUGCAGUCUCAGAUCAUCGUCACCUCCCAGGCCGUGUCAACAACCUCCUCCGCCAUUAUUAGGGUUCGCGACAACGAGCUCGCUCCCCAGCUUCUCCGGCUCUGCUGCGGGUACACCCACUAACCCACCCACCCACCCAUCUCUUCUUCUGAAUUCUCUCUCCCUCUCUCGCCACUAUAAGAGGGUUAGUUCUGAGAGGUGUUUUUGUUCGUGGUGGGGUAGCUUCACGAGCAUGUGGAGGUCGAUGUAUCAGUGGCACGAGGUGCAGAACCAGAUCGUACAGCAGGUGAGGGGGCUUGUGAACCAUUCCGCCGCAGUGGAGUCCACCUCGGACCUGCUCCGGCAGGCAACGAGGGACCUCGAGUCCGCCGUCUCCGGCUGGCACUCCAGCUUCGCCCGCCUCGUCAAGCACCAGCGGGACUACGUCCGCUCCCUCCACGGCUGGCUGAAGCUCACCCAACUACAGCUUUCUGCCACCGCCGCCGCCACCGCCACCGCCGAGAAGGACCAGUGCCACUACUCGUCGCUGGUGUCCGCCGAGCUCUGCGCAUUCUGCGAGGAGUGGAAGCAGGCGCUGGAGCGGCUGCCGGACGCGGUGGCCGGCGAGGCCAUCAAGAGCUUCGCGUGCGUGGUGCGCACCAUCUACCUGAAGCAGAGCGAGGAGGUGAAGAUCCGGAAGCGCGCAGAGGGCUUCUCCAAGGAACUGGAGAAGAAGAGCCUCUCCCUGCGAGGGAUCGAGAAGAAGUACUACCAGUCCUACUCCAUGGUCGGCAUCGGCGUCCUCCACGACGCCUCGCUGGACGGGAGGGGCGACCCGCUGGCGGAUAAACGGGCGGAGAUCGCGGCGUGCCGGCGGAGGGUGGAGGAGGAGACGGGCCGGCACCUGAACGCCGUCAAGGUGACCCGCGAGAUGACCCUCAACAGCAUCCAGACGGGCCUCCCGGGGGUCUUCCAGGCUAUGGCCGCCUUCUCGGGCCUCCUCGCCGACGCCCUCGAAGGGGUCUGCCGCCGCCCUCACUGA